CCCUUUCCAACCGCCUGUUGGAAGUUGCUGUAAAAUGUCGUGAGGGGCGCUGCCGCUUUACGGCUGCCUCUCCCAGGCUAGAGCCCGGGAGCGCCCACCGCCGUCAGCCCUGUCUCUGAGAGUCGGGCCGGCGGAGACGGAGAGACCCGGCGCGCCGCUCCCCUCCCCGCCGCGCCCGUGCCGGCCCCCGGCGAUGUGAGCUCGAGGAGGCUGCGGUGCCCCCUGGCCCGGGGUUGAGACGGGCGGCAGGUGCCUGUGAGGCGGGCGGGUGCUGGGGGCCUGCAGGAUGGAGGAAAGCAUGGAAGAGGAGGAGUGGGGCAGCUACGUGGCGAUGAUGGACGACCAGAACCACAACAACUGGGAGGCCGCGGUGGACGGCUUCCGGCAGCCCCCGCCACCGCCGCCGCCCCCCUCGUCGAUCCCAGCCCCUGCGCGAGAGCCGCCGGGGGGGCAGCUGCUGGCGGUGCCCGCGGCCUCGGUGGACAGGAAAGGCCCCAAGGAGGGGCUCUCGAUGGGGCCGCCACCACCGCCGGAGGCCAAUGGGGUGAUCAUGAUGUUGAAGAGCUGCGACACGGCCGCCGCUGUGGCCAAGGCGGCCCCCGCCCCCACCCCCAGCUCCACCAUCAACAUCAACACCUCCACCUCCAAGUUCUUAAUGAAUGUUAUAACUAUUGAAGAUUAUAAGAGCACAUACUGGCCAAAAUUGGAUGGUGCCAUAGAUCAGCUUUUAACCCAGAGUCCUGGUGACUAUAUCCCCAUAUCCUAUGAACAGAUAUACAGUUGUGUGUAUAAAUGUGUCUGCCAGCAGCACUCAGAACAGAUGUACAGUGAUCUGAUUAAGAAGAUAACUAAUCACCUAGAGCGAGUCUCAAAGGAGCUGCAGGCCAGCCCUCCAGAUCUCUAUAUUGAAAGAUUUAAUAUAGCUCUUGGACAGUAUAUGGGAGCAUUGCAGAGCAUUGUGCCUCUUUUCAUAUAUAUGAAUAAGUUUUACAUCGAAACCAAGCUUAACAGAGACCUAAAAGAUGACCUUAUAAAGCUGUUUACGGAACAUGUUGCAGAAAAGCACAUUUACAGCCUAAUGCCUUUACUUUUAGAAGCCCAGUCAACACCAUUUCAGGUCACACCUUCAACUAUGGCAAAUAUUGUGAAAGGCCUGUACACUCUCAGACCAGAGUGGGUUCAGAUGGCUCCAACUCUGUUUUCUAAAUUUAUUCCAAACAUUCUCCCUCCGGCUGUGGAAUCUGAACUUUCUGAAUAUGCUGCUGAAGAUCAGAAACUUCAAAGAGAACUUAUACAGAAUGGUUUUACGAGAGGUGACCAGUCCCGGAAAAGAGCUGGGGAUGAGUUGGCUUAUAACAGCUCAUCAGCAUGUGCAAGUUCCAGAGGGUACAGAUAGUGAAUGUAUUGAAUGUACUUUCCUUCCCGAAAAGAGGACACACUGGAGCUGCAGAGACUGUAUUCGGAGCACAGCGGGGGGGCCUGCAGACACUCAGGAGCUCUGUCACAAAGUUGUUCUUGGAAGAGGAUAUUGGACUUCUUACUUUGGUUUGUAAUUUUAAAAAACAAAAAAACUAACAAAAAAAACAGUUGCUGCUAGACUUGGGGAUGAUUUUGAAAUGGGACAAUCUUUUAAUGAGUUUAUCUACAGAUUCCAUGAGGAACAAACGUCUUGAAAAGUGACCAUUGCUAAGGGAAAUCCAGCAGCCAACAUCAGCAGCUUCCUCCAAAAAUACAAGAGUAGAAGAAUCUUUUUUUUUUUUAAUUUUAAAGCACUUGUUUUGUUCAUUUGUGGACUUGGCACUUCAGCAUAUUGGCUUUACACAUCAGGAUCUCUUUUGCUUUAAAAUCAAGCAGAUCAUUACAGUACAGUGUUUUUCACCCAUUACCAAAACAAACCCCUUUUAAAAGAGUUGGUCUUUGUUUAGCAUUAGAAAGUCUUGUUAAAGGAAAAUGCUAACUUGGCUUCUGCUAUAACUUUUCCCCUCACCAGUUCACAACUUUUUUCUACUGUGUGCCUUGAGCUUUGUGCACUUUGCAACUCUGUGACCAUGAUGUUCAACUCACAAAUGCUUCCUGAAAAAGUUUAUGGUAUCACAGACUAACCCACUACGUUGUCAGGUGUGACUUUGUAGCAGGAUGCUAAGUAAGUGGGAAAAUAGAAGUGUGUUGCUCAUUGGUCACAUCUUCCCCUGCCUCACCGUGGCAUAUUCAUGUUAAUGUUGGGGACCAGCUCUUGUAGAACAUAUCCAUUCCCUCUGUCACUUCACAUGAUUUCACCAGCUGCUGGAGUAUUGGCAUGAUGCUAGUGUAGGGGUGGGCUGUACUUUAGCACUAAAAGCUCCCUUUUUAGUAUUGUGGAGAAAUUUCCAGUGGUAACAGCUAGUUACUGUGAUGCUCUAGGAAGCAGAUACGGUUAUUAAAUCCAAAUAUAAUAAUUGGUGUGGGCUUCCGGAUCCAUUUCAUUUUAAAUGGGUGAGUAGGUACUUUUUAAAAAAAAAAAGUCUGCAGUUUGCAUCUUUUAUAGCAUUAUAUUCAAGUAUAAUAGAGAAGUAGCACUGCUGUUUUCAAGCUUCCUUCCACCUGUGACACAGCUGUAUUUUAUUUUUUUCCUGCACCCACAGUGCUGUUUAGUUUCUUACAAAAGAGUCCAAAGCUUAUUCUAGUUGUUUUUGGAAGGCAAAGACAAAUAGAUGUGGCAGGUGAAAAUAUUUUUCUUCCCAAUUUUGCUUGACUCUAAAUUGAGCAUAUGCUUGAUUCUGUUUGGCUAUGUCACACUAAUAUUUACCUCUUCAGAGAACUUGGGGCAAAACAAGAUGUAUCAGGGAUAGUGUCACACUUCUGAUUGUCAGGUUUCUCAUAUAGUUGCCUCUGCCGAUUCAGUUUGUCUUUUUUCAGGAGCAGGCUGGAUGGGAGAGUUUGAAGUGUGAUGAUAGGAGCAAGGAAGUCAUCUAAUAGAAGUCCUCUAUUUGUAAAAUUAUUGUUCUGAGAAGUAAACGUAAAGGGUGUCAGAUUUAUUUUUUAAGUACUUAACCAGAGUUGUGGAUUUUGCAGAGGACUUUGAAUUGGACUUGUUUAACUCUGUGAGCAUCUUAGAUUGUAUUGAUAAACACUGAAUUACUGUAAGAAUAUAUAUAGGCUCUCACUGUGCCCUGUACAGGUUGAUUUGCUACCCCAGUAACAUUGUGGUGUCGAGGAAGAAUUGCAUUCCAUCGUGAAGUCCAAAUUUACUCCUUGCCAUGGAGUGCUCGCUACGGGCUUAUAAAUAACACCUGCGACUAACGUCUCUCCUGAGUGGUUUUAAUAAUACUUCUGAAAGGAAUAAAAUUGGGAUGAUUCUUUAAAUGUGGAUGAAUUCUUCAUUAUCCUAAUAAUGUGCCCAAAUGCUUUUUCUGGGAGAGUAUUCUUUGGCCAACAAUGGAACUUUCUCUGUAAAAGCAUUGUAUUAAGAUGUGAACUGGCAUUAAAAUCUUCCGAAGCUUUUGCAUUAUUAAGUUAGUGGAGAAAGAUUCUAUAUUGUCUUCUUUUUAUUAUUAUUAUGUAUGUGUUAACAAAAAGUGGGCCAAGUUUGCAAAAUUUAGUUUCUCUGAAUAUUUGCGCAGCGACUGCAGCUCGCAGUGGGCCAGGGCUUGGUUCUGCAAAGCCGGGAGUGGGAGGCACUAUAGAAAUCGUACACGUGUCCUCUUAGUGCAUGUGACUUGCUGUUACUCACCUUGGCCCCUUGAGGUACGUUGCAGGAUGAAAAACCUAUUUCUUUAAGUAGAAAUUGACCUUGCUUAUUUAAUUGGGUUUAACAAAAUUCUUGGUUUGCAACAUGAGAGGAAAUAAGAUUUGCCCUCCAUUUUGUAUUGACUAAGCCCGGUCUGCCAGAAAGUGUUUUCUUCUCAUGUUUACUUGUAUUCUUCUUGCCAGUACAGUAUCUAGUUUUUCCAGCCCAGUUAAAUCCUAGCUUUUGUGGGGCCCAAAUCACGGAGGACAGAAAAUUAUACACUGAUUGUCUCAUUAGGCUACAUGUAGUUGAUCCGGCGAGCCCGACUGGUGUGUAUGUGCCGCCCGAAGCUAGACUCCCCAAAAGAAAGGCAGCUCGGUCACCUUGGAACAAUGACCCGUCAAAGUAAAUGACGAUGGUUUUGAGAGACGGUGCUUACUUUAAAAGUUGGCCUUAUGCUUCAGUAACAGUGUCCUCUCCUGGUCUCUGUUGUCACAGCUGCACCCUAACCUGACAGGAGCUACUGCUUUGUUUUCUGUGGGGCGGAAGGCAAAACUUCAUAGAGUGUGACUCUUAAUCUAGUAGUUCUUAGGUAGAUUUAGAAGAAACACAAACCUGGAUGCAUGAGUUGUGCGUUAUUAAAUUUUGUGGGAAAGUUAUUUUUUUUUUCCUGUCCCUACUACAAGUUUGAGGCAGUUCCUCUCCCUUUCUUUGGGGUAUAGGAUGGAAACUGAGCGUUAAGUGAGACAUCAGGAGAAUGGGCGCCCCUGGCAUUGCUGUGCGCGUCUCCAGUGCCCCAGCCACGUAAGCCACACUCCCCUGGAGUGCAGAUGCCGUGGCUGCAGACGCCGUGCUUUCUGUCGGGUUGCAAAUUUGCACACAUGAAGAAUUCCUCAGGAAGAGUUUGCACGUGCAUCGCCUUGCAAUAUUCGUUACUGACCGAACAAGGGACUUGAACGUUUUUCAGCACAAAAGGAGAGCUUCAGAGUGGUGGUCUGUGCACACGUACUGGCAAAGGUCAUGGUGAUCUAGCAAACACGAUUGGUUUCUGCAGCAUAAAGUGAGCAGGAGCACUUGUAUCCUAGUAUUUAAAUAAGCCUGUUUAAUCUCCAGAGUAGCACUUCCAGAUUUUGUCUUCUUUUCUUACUGAGACUGGCUAUAUUUUCUUCUGUGUUUUUUCUGUUUUAUGGCAGUUAAUUAUUUCCAUGAUUAUUAUAGAGGCAUUGCCCUUGAGCUAAAAUUCAGUUUAAUAAGCAGCUAUUAGUAAAAAUAACUGAACAUUGUUUUAUGAAUAUACACUAAUCUUGAGAUACUAAAAAGUUCUAAAACUAAAAAUUAGCAAAACCUACAUUAGGUAUCCAGUCAGUUUGGAUGUUUUGAGCUGACUUUUUUUUUUUAUGGUGUCUCAUUGCGCUUCAGAGUAUUAUGUUUACUUUACUCCAGGUCUAGGCCUCUUAAGGGGACUUCAACAUGUAAGAUCAGAAUGUGAAUCCCUUGACUGACACCUAGAAUAGGUUUAUAGGACCUUUUCGGUUGUGGUUGCAGUUUUCAGUAAGAUUGCAUAAGAUGAAGUUCACGUUUAUCAGAAGUUAAAAUAGGAGUUCUUGGAGAAAUGGCUUUUCUUGUUACUUUCAUUGCCUUGUGGAAAUUUGCCCUAGUUUCUGGCCACCAGAAUCGAUUAAAGGACCCCUUUUCUUUUUCAAGGGUAAUGAUACCUGUUUUGUCCCCUUAGUUUUGAUGAACUAGGUCACUGACACUUUCCCUCCUCCCCUGGCCAAGACCCUAUUUUGAACUUCUUUCCAGAGCCGAGUAGCACAAGUACAUACACUAUUUCUGCUGAUGUUGAUGGUGUGGCUGUGGGAGCAUUAGAGAAAAUCCUCGUCAGAGGUACAUUCUUAUAGGACCUCAGUAUACAUUGUACCCCUGCUGGUCAAAAAUUAUCUUCAUUUCUGGUUGGACUGCAUUGUUUAGAAAAAUGUUAAUGGUUUAUAAUUCUAGGAAAUUUAUAGUGUGGCUCUGGGGUAAAUUUUGUGGUUUGGAAAAAAAUAAGUAUUUUGUAUUGAUUCUAACAUGUCAUUUCAAUGUGGUGACGAUGUACUAAAUGCAAUAAGACUGUGGAUAUUCUCUUAGAAGGGUAUGUUUUGUUAAACAGAUGGCAAUUUAAUCGCUCUCAUUAGCCCUGGUUGUCAAUAUUACGACCAUGCGAUUCAGGAGAAAUUAUUCAAAUGUGAAGUUGUGGGGAGUUAUGACUGGAAACAGGAAUGCUUAUGAAUAAAUAGGAGGUCAAAUGCAGACAAGAGGCCCUUGCCACCCACCAGCACAGCUAGAGCAAGGAUGAAGCAGUGAAGUCUAGUCCCUGGUGGUGCUUAUUUGUUGGAAAGCAUGGUGGAGCUUAGAACAGAGUGUUCUGUACACCAUCUCUUUUAUCAAUCCAAGGAAAACAAAAUGGUGGAGGAAACUCUUAUUGAUUGGGGAUUAAAGCCACUGACUUUGGCUCUGACCUUUAACUCUUGAUGGAUUUGGAUUCACUCCUUCUGUAUUAGGGUGUAUACCAUCACUCGAAAACAUUGUGGUUAAUGAAAUAAAUCUUGUACAGAUGUCCUUGGCUUGUUAUGUUGAUACUUGGUUCACGGGAACUUGUUAUACAGAACAUAUGAUUUUGCUUACAGUAUAUUCAUAAUGCCUCCUAAAUAAUAACCAUCCUCAGCACAUUGUCUGUUCUGUCAACUGGUUAAUCAGCUGGCAGGGUGAGUGUCCAUCUUGACCUUUGUACCAGUGAUUAAAAAAAAACAGUGUGGUGUGUGUAUUUAAUUAUAUACAUUUAGUUGCUCUGCAUAUGUAUGUAGUAUGUAUACAUAUGUACAUGUAUAUAUGUCGUUUUUCUUCUUUAAACACUGGCACAUUGUGGACCUUUAUCAAAAGUUUCUGACUUGUGGUUUUUUGCAUUGAUGAUACCACACUUUUAAAAAAAAUAACCCUUUGUGGUUUCUUGCUAUGAAAUUAAUAAUUAUCCACUAGGUUUUUUGAAAUCUCACUUUAUAGUUUUAGUUCCUCUUGCUUUCUCUUUUCAAGUGUCCUUCCUGCUGUGUUCUCAGAAUGCCAGUUGUCAUCCUCCUCUUUUUUAAAACCUAAGCUGUGUUGUACUGGUACCUUCUUUUUGAUUACCGCACACAGCAGGAUUCCAUGACUAUCUUUUUCUCUGCAUUGAAAUCACCUGACAGUUUCCUCCUUCAGCUUUUUCUUUGUUUCAGCCACAUAGGGAGUUAUUUAAAUCCUCUCCCUUCUUUUAGCAGAUUUUUUUUUUUUUUUUUUUUUUUUUUACUGAGCAUAAAACUUUUCUACUAGAGUAGUUCUUUGUGUGUGUUGAUGUGUGUUUAAUUUAUUUCCUCUAUUGGCUUAUGUCUUCAUAAUCUAAAAUUCCAAAACAUUCUGGAUUUCAAAGAACAUGGUUUGGUAGAAGGAAUAUCAUACAGAUAAUCUGAGAGCAAAAGUCUGUCUUAGCUUAAUUGAGUUGUGUGUUCUUGGGUAAGGUUAUUUUUCUCAACCUUAGUCUCUCCAUAUUAAGCCCUUUUUCCUCCCCAGAUUACUCAUGACAGAGCCUCUGCCUCGGGCAUUGGGUUUCAUUGGUCAGAAGUAUAGAACAAUUCUAAACUUCUUAAUUAUGCACCUUAAGUGACUAAUCAUGUAUCUCAAAACAUGUAUUAAAAAAAAUGGCUACAACUACAAAGAGAAAUAGGUUAAUCUACCAAUAUAAUGGGCAUUUUAAACAUACCUCCCUGAUUAAUUAAUAGAUCAUGAAGAAGACAAGAUCGUGAUGAUGAAGGGCAUGGAAGAUUUAAAUAACACAACUAAUAAAUUAGACCUGAUGGAGAUACAUAAAAUCUCCCUGCACCUUCCAAUAAGAAAAUAGGCUUUUUUUUUUUUUUAAGAUUUUAUUUAUUUAUUUGACGGAGAGAUAGCGAGAGCAGGAACACAAGCAGGGGGAGUGGGAGAGGGAGAAGCAGGCCUCCCGUGGAGCAGGGAGCCUGAUGCGGGGCUCAAUCCUAGGACCCUGGGAUCAUGACCUAAGCUGAAGGCAGAUGAUUAAUGACUGAGCCACCCGGGUGCCCCGAAAAUAGGCAUUUUUUGCAAAACAAAUCUAACAUUGUAUUUAAAAUAUAAGGAAUGAUGACCACAUUGGAUUUAUCCCAGGAAGCAAAUUGGUUAAUAUUAGAAAAUCAAUCAGUGUGACUUAUCUGUUAAUGAACUAAAAUAUGAUCAGAUUGUGAAAAUCCAGAGUCUACAAGGCAAAUUAAAAGACUUAAGAGUUUAUUGGGGCUCCUGGGUGGCUCAGUCGUUAAGCAUCUGCUUUCGGCUCAGGUCAUGAUCCCAGGGUCCUGGGAUUGAGCCCCGUGUCGGGCUCCCCGCUCAGCGGAGAGUCUGCUUCUCCCUCUCCCACUCCCCCUGCUUGUGUUCCCUCUCUCGCUGUGUCUCUCUCUGUCAAAUAAAUAAAUAAAAUCUUAAAAAAAAAAAAAAGACUUAAGAGUUUAUCAAGGUCCCUGGAACAAAAUCAAUAUGAGAUGUCAAUUACAUUUCCAUGCAUCCAGCUACAAGCUGUAAUGUCUUAAAAAUUCAAAUGUAAUGAGAAAUAAAAUUUACAGUAGGAACAAAACAAUAUAAAGUAUGUAAGAAUAAAUCUUAAGAGCUGUGUAAGCCUUUUAAUGAGAAAAUGAUUUAAAAAAACCAAACACCUUUAUUGACCUAAAUAAAUGGAGAGACUGUAAUGGAGAAGAUCAUCUCGGUCUCAACUCUUUGUCCAAAUUGGUUAAUAGAUUAAUGCAAUGCCAGCAAAAAGUCCCAGGGAUUUUCACUGUAGUACUUGACAAGCUGAUCCCAAAAUGUAAAUGGAAGAGCAAAGGGCCAAGGGUAUUCAAAACACUAUUUAAAAAGAAUGAAGUGUGAGGGGAACUAGCAUGACCAGAUUUUAAAACUUACUCUAAAAUGAAAAAAACCCAGAAACCAUUACUCAGACAUCUCAAGAAGCAACAACAAAAAACUUACUGUAAAAUGUAGUGAUUAAAACAAUGUGGAAUUGGUACAGAGAUUACGAGUAGAUGAACAGACAAGGAUGAAUUGUUCAGAAACUGACCCAAUUAGUACGAGAACUUAAUUUUUAAAAGGGCAGUCGUCGUAGACCUUGGGGAGGAGGAUGGAUUAUUUAUAAACGGGGUUUCAGUAAUUUUUCACAAAGAAAGAAAAGUGACUUGGACCUUGCCUUGCAUCAGGCGCAAAAAGCAAUCCCAGGUGGAUUAAAGGUUCACAUAGGAAAGUUAAAACUAUAAAAGACAAUAUAGAAGAAUAUUUUUAUGACUUUUGGGAAGGGAAGGCUUUUGUAAACAAAGGAGGAGGUGCAAAACAUUGAAAGAUGAAUAAUUUGACUACACUGAUAGAGUACUUUUGUUUACUGAACAUUCCACAGAGUGAAAAAAAUAAUUAUUCCCAAAGUGGAAUACGAUACAGAUACUCGUAACAUACCUAACUUGUUAAAGAGCUAUCUGCAUGCAAAUCAGUAACAAAAAGAAGAGAAAUGGGCAAAGAUGCAAGCAUUUCACAGAAGGAACAGAAAUGACCCAUAAACCUGAAAAGAUGGCUAACUUGGUUAGUCAUCAGGAAAUGAACCCAUUAUUAUCAUUUCCUGGCCACCAAAUUGGCAGCCACUAAAAAAUCAGAAAAUACCAACAGUUGGAGAGAUUAUGACUGCAGGGUCUUUUUCAUCUGCUGCUGUUGGCAUGUAAGUCAGUACUAUCACUUUGGAAAACAGUAUUAUCUAGUUGACCACAGAUCUAUCUUACAGGCAAUGAUUUACGCUCAGAGAAACUCCUGUGUGGGUGCAUACACCCAGGAAACCCACAGGAGUGGUCGCAACAUCGUUGCUUAUAAUAAAAAGAAGGAAGAAAGCCAAAUGCCCAUCCACAGUGCAAUGGAAUUCUGGAGAGCAGUAAGUGUAGUGUGGAGCUUUGCACGUCAUGAAUCUCAGAAAUCAUGAGUUAAAGAAGUCAGAAUGAUUCAUGAGUAGUAAAACUAAAGAAAAGGAAGACUAACAACAUGUAAGAUCACGGUGUCCUUAGGGAUGGGGUGGAAGGAAAGCAGAGAGGAACACGGGCUUAUAAGCUCUUGAUAAUAGGAACAUUUUGACCGUUGUAAAUAUGUCAGUUCUUGAGUUGGUGUGUAUAUUCGGUGCAAAGUCAAUCCAAAUGCCAUAGAGUAUUUAUUUUUAAUACAAAUUAAAAAUUCAUAUGGAAGUAUAACAGAUGAAAAUAAGAGGAUCUUCACCUUACAGGGAGAAAAAAGGGAACUUGCUGUACCAAAAAAAAUUUUUUUUCUUUAAAGUGCAAUUAAAUUUUUACACUUAUAAAAAUGGACCAUUCAGUGGAAAGUAGUUUUAAAAAUAGACCCAAAUGCUUUUAAGAAUUUAGAGUACAUUAAAGGUGGCUUUUUGAAAUAAUUCUGACCAUGAUGGAUUACUCAGUAAAAGGUGCUGGUUUAAGUAGAAAAAAUUAAAUUUAUUCCCAUCAGACCAUUCGCCGAAAGAAAUUCCAGUUGGACUAAAAAUUUAAGAUAAAAGUUAGAAGACAAUAUAGUUAAUAUUUGGGGGAUUGGAGAAGUUUGUUCUAAGGAUGUAAGCAAUGGCAUGAAACAUCGCUGUCCAAACCAGUCACCUGAGUGCGUGUAGAGCACCACCCACCCCAGCAUGUGUAUAUAGACAUGUAUAUUUUUAAAUUAAUGUUUACAUAUAAUACCAAUACACAUAAGGCAAAAAAAAAUUGAAAAAAAGGUGAAAAUGUUUAAAAUAUCUUUUGUGUGUAUUGUUAAAAAAAUACCUUUUGCUCUUUCUAAAAAUUUUUUUUCUUUUAGUGAGAACUAUACAAUUAAAAAUGCUUCAUUAUUUUUGAAACUUCUAGUUUUAACAUUUUGUGAUAAAAAUUACUUAAUUUCUGGUUCUAAGGUAAGUUUAUUUUAAUGCUGGGUUUUAAUGGCUAUUGUAGCUAAAACCACUUCAUUAAGAUCUGUGGGUCCAAAUGACUGUGCUUACUGAGAAACUGCUCAUUUUCAACUCCAUCUACUAGUCUUCAAAAGUGUUUGUUGAAAUCUUUAUAAUAAAUGUCCAUCUUUCUCACUGUCA